AUGAGCCCAAACGAGUUAAACAGUGGGAAUCGAGUACGAGUGAUGAAGUCUCAACCAAUGUGCAUCGCAGAAUGUAUGCCUGAUUGUACGCUUGCUUGUACAACAGUCAAAGAGGCUCUUGCUUUAUUACGGCUUGUCGUUGACAAUCGUCAAUCGACCACUCACCAAUGUGAGAAUAAAUGUGCCGACUCGUGCUCGAGGAUUUGCGUGACGACUGGGCUACCACUGCCGGACUGUCUUUCAAACUGUGCGCCAACUUGUCAAGAAACAUGUUCCUUCACAAAAGCCCCUCAAUGUAUUCCCAGAUGUAUGCCUGAUUGUGUCCCAUCUUGUCUUUCGAUGUCAUCCUAUCCACUAUUUCCAAAUGUGCUCCCAGAUCGUUUAUCUCCAAUACAAUCUUCUCAUUCUGUUUCUCCUCCAUUGUCUCCACUAUCUCAACCUAUUCCCCCACCAAUUGCCGCAGCUUGUAAACACGAGUGUUCUGUUCAGUGUGAUUCUCAAUGUGGAGUGCAGUCAGUUUCCGGUCGUUCUUGUCUAUCAUCGUGUCAAACAACUUGUUACCCAGUGUGUGUGCAAAAAAUGCGACGAAAACCGAUAACAAAAAGCACUGUUUAUAAUGGAUAU